AAAAACUGCUUAAAAGGAAAACAACCUUUCUGUACGGAAGGGUUUAGCUUCUCAUGGAAACUUUUAACAUACUGUUUGGGAGCCAUACAUGUCCGGUGUGUUGUUUGGUGAUCAAGUUUAAAAUGGAAGGACUUAUAAUAACACUCAUCAUCACCUGUGUCCACAUUGAGGCCCAACGUUAUCAUGAAUAUGGAGUGAUUGUAACAUGUGAAGACAAUAUAAAUCUAGAGGAUUUUCUCGUCACACUUGAUGAUGAACUGGUGGCACACGUGGACAUGGAGAAAAAGCAGGAUGUUUACACAGUACCUGAUUUCAUUGGCCCUGUUCAGUAUCCCUCACUGUAUCAGGAUGCCUUGAGAACUUUAGCUAUUUGCAAAAAAGAAGGUGACGUGUUAAAAGAGGUGUAUAUCAAUUCAUCAGAGCAAAUCGACAGUACAACUCUCAGCCGGUAUUAUCCAAAUAAAGAUGGGACCAUGAAUGUGUUUUCUAGAUUGAGUUUUAUUCCAGUGGAAGGAGACAUAUACAGCUGCACUGUGGAGCACAAAGCUCUCGAGCAACCUCAAACUAGAAUAUGGGAAGUAGAGAUAAAGGAGUCCAGUAAUGGUCCAUCAGUGUUCUGUGGAGUUGGACUGGGUUUUGGACUGAUAGGAGUUGCUGUUGGAAUUUUCUUUAUUGUCAAAGGAAACAACUGCAACUAAUACUGACAAACAACUACAACUGACAUCUGGUGUUUGAUAAAAGAUGACAUUUUUUAUUCAUGCAGAUUUUUUCUCAUGUUUUUUUAAGGUUAAUUUAAUUGAAAACAUAUAGACUUUAAAUAGAAACACAAAAUACCAUACCAACUUGUACAACGCAAGGAUGUUCACUUGCCACAUAAAAUCUGUCAGUAUCUCCAAUGUCCAUGAAACACUGUAAAGUAAAGAAAAAGUUGGAUAAAUGUAAAAAAUUACUUCAAUUAAAAAAUGUAAAAAAAUUAAGUUUCUCUCACUUUAGGUGAAAACUUUUAGUUGAAAAUGUUUAAAUAUUUCAGGUUUUACAAAUUUAAGUAAUUUUUAUGUUUAUACAACUUUUACUUUUUACAGUGUAUUAUGGACAUUGGAAACAUGGACAUUUCACUUUAAAAUUUAAGUUCAUAAAACUUUUUAGGUGUUACCAACUGAAGUAAUAUUUUAAGUUGUUCCAACUUUUUACAGUGUAGAUGAAUGUAUCCUAUAAAAUCACUUCUCUUAAAAUUGUCAAUGCAUUUACAUGGCAAUAAAUGCAAUGAGCUCAAAAGUUAAAUUUAAAAAUCUGUUUUGAAUUAUGAUAAAGUAGAGCUUUAAUUAAUUGCUGUAAAAAGUAUACCUUGUUUUUGUAUUUUUUUUUGUGCAUUUUUUUGUGUGUGUACUUUUAAUUAACUAUAUAAAUCCUGCACAGAAUUUAAUAAAACCAAUUUUAAAAACUCAAUCAGAAUAAACAAUGAGGGUUUGGAGGCUGUCACAACACAAGUAUAACCAACAACCACAAACUGGAAAAAAUGGCUUUAAAUGCUUUAUUUAAUAAUACUGGAACUCAAGAGAAACUGAACUAAAGAGCAACUACACAAGACACAAGUGAACAUAAUGGGUUACUAAGGGA